UGGGCCGGUCCACCGAAAGUUAGAAAAACCCUAAACCCUCAAAAACCACCUAGAACCUUCCACCACCAGAUUCCACUGUUUAAAUCCUCAUCACUAUCACAUUUCAUCAAUCAAAAGUCAGAUUCAGUGUGCAAUUUCAUCAAUGGCGAAGCGUCUAAUUCCAUCUCUCAACAGAGUAUUGGUGGAGAAGAUAAUUCCUCCUUCCAAAACCACCGCCGGUAUUCUUCUCCCUGAGAAAUCCUCUAAGUUGAAUUCUGGUAAAGUUGUUGCUGUUGGUCCCGGAACUCAUGAUUUAUCCGGUAAUAAGAUUCCGGUAGGUGUUAAGGAAGGAGAUACCGUUUUGUUGCCGGAGUACGGUGGCACUGAAGUCAAACUUGGCGAAAAAGAGUAUCAUCUAUACAGAGAUGAGGACAUUUUGGGAACUUUGCAUGACUAAUUUUUCAAUUUUCUUGAUAAGGGUUCAUUAAACUGGAUGUUUUGAUGUUAUGUUUGAGAUGUUAGACUGGUUAAUGAAUGAGCUAAGAGAUUUGUUGGCAAAUGAAAUGGUGUUAUAUUCCAAGGGCAUAUAUGCUGAUAUGCAAUUAACAUUUCUCUGAUAUUGCUGCUUGUUUCUUGUGCUAUUAAGAUUAUUUGAUUUUAUAA